AAGACAUGAAUAAUUAGGGUUAUAGCUAUCUCCACUUCCCGAUCGCUGCUUCCACACUCUUUAACCGUACAAUUGAAUCUUCGGCUGCUGAAUCUGAAUUUCGGACCUUCCCCAACGCCGGUUCCGUUCAACUUGCUUCCCCUGUCCAGUUACAUGGAAUUAGAUGUAACUCCACAAAUGCUUCCACCUCCACCUGGGAGUUUCAUUGAUCGUGAAGAACUUAUUACACAUGUUGGGGAGUUUGCUGUCGCUCAAGGAUAUGUUGUCACCAUUAAACAGUCUAAGAAGGAAAAAGUUGUGGUCCUUGGUUGUGACAGAGGAGGUGUUUAUCGAGACAGGCGUAAACCUGUUGACGAGGCAUCUGGUGCACAUCUUCGGAAGAGAAAAUCUGGUUCUCGAUUAACAAACUGUCCAUUUGAAGUUGUGGGUAAGAAAGAGGAUGGCCUAUGGGUGCUUACUGUUAAGAAUGGUUCACACAAUCAUGAGCCAUUGAAGAACAUUUCCGAGCAUCCUUCUGCUCGUCGCUUCAGUGAGAAGGAAGUAAUGCUGAUUAAAGAUAUGACAGAGGCUGGUUUGAAACCUCGACAGAUACUUAAAAGACUCAGGCAAACAAAUCCUGAGCUGUUAUCAACACCAAAACAUGUUUAUAAUGUGAAAGCAAAACUCCGUCAGGGAAAUCUUACAGUGAGGAGAUUGAAGACAUUGAGACCUUCUGCAUUUGCUGAGGGAAACUCAGAGCCUUCCACAUCAUAUGAAUCUUCAUGGAGGAAACGUUAUCCCCCGAGGGUCCCAAAUUUCAUUGGCGGUAGAUUUGUUGAUUCACAAUCAUCAACAUUCAUUGAUGUUUUAAACCCUGCUACACAGCAAUUGGUUGCUCAAGUUCCUUUAUCUACAGAAGAGGAGCUCAAGGCUGCAUUAUUUGCAGCUAAAAGAGCAUCCAUUUCAUGGAGAGCUACUCCAGUUGCUUCUCGUCAACGCAUUAUGUUCAAGCUUCAAGAGCUUAUUACCCGAGAUAUUGGUAAGAUUGCCAGCAAUAUAACCAUAGAGCAGGGUAAAACAUUAAAGGAUGCAUUUGAUGACGUCUCUCGUGGGAUUGAGCUUGUUGAACAUGCUUGUGGAAUCGCCAGUUUGCACAUGGGGCAAUUCUCAUCAAACAUAUCAAAUGGAACCGACAUUUACACUAUCCAUGAGCCCCUUGGUGUUUGUGCAGGAAUAUGCUCUUACAAUUUUCCAGGCAUGAUUCCAUUAUUGAUGUUUCCAAUUGCUGUUACAUGUGGCAAUACUUUUGUUAUAAAACCUUCUGAGAGAACGCCAGGAGCGUGCAUGCAUCUGGCUGAAUUAGCAGUGGAGGCUGGUUUGCCUAAUGGUGUCCUAAAUGUCAUUCACGGUACCAAUGAUGCCAUUGAUGCCAUUUGUGAUGAUGAAGAUAUCAAAGCUGUGUCAUAUGUCGGCUCAGAUGUACCAGGAAUGUAUGUUCAUGCAAAGGCAUCUGCCUACAGCAAACGAGUUCAGACCAAUAUUGGUGCCAAGAGCCUUGCAGUUGUUAUGCCAGAUGCAAACAUGGAUGCUACUUUAAAUGCGCUUGUUUCGGCUGGAUUUGGAUCUGCAGUACAGAGAUGUACUGCAAUUAGUGCUGUUAUAUUUGUUGGAGGAUCAAAGCCUUGGGAAGAGAAGCUAGUGGAGCGUACCAUGCAACUUAAAGUAGAUGCUGGAACUGAAGCAGGCGCGGACAUCGGUCCAGUGAUCAGUAAGCAGGUUAAGGAAAGAAUAUCAAGGGUGGUUGAAACAUUUGUUGAGAAUGGAGCCAGAUUAAUUCUUGAUGGGAGGAAGAUAGUGGUUCCUAAAUACGAGCUGGGAAACUUCGUCGGUCCAACAAUCUUAACUGAUGUCACCGAAGACAUGACUUGUUACAAGGAAGAGAUAUUGGGUCCUGUUCUCCUUUGCAUGCAGGCUAGAACGAUAGAUGAGGCAAUAAGCAUAGUCAACGGAAACAACAGACAUGGAAAUGGAGCUUCCAUUUUUACGUCAUCUUUAGCUGCUGCGAGAAAAUUCCAGAUCGAGAUAGACUCUGGGCAGAUUGGCAUAAACACAGCUGUUUCGGCACCAUUACCUUUGUUCUCAUUCAAUGGCUCCAAAGCUUCAUUCACCGGAGAUGUUAACUUUUACGCCAAAACAGGGAUCGAGUUUUACACCAAGAUCAAAACGGUCACUCAGCAGUGGAGGGAUUUAUCAUCGAUUGGAGGAGUUUCUUCAUCAUCCGGCCUGAACACAGAGGAGGAUCCAGAUGCACCAUGUAAUAGCGGAGAGGCGGAGCCUCCUCACACGCUGCAAUCCAUGGAUUUCCCGAGGGCCUUGGGGCUGCAGCUGAGGGAUUUCCCGAAUGGGCAAGGACUGUCUUCGGUGUCUAUGCCCCUGCAUCAUCACGGUGGGGGCGUGUCUAUGCCCAAGGAAUUCCCGAACAGUGAGGGUGAAUCGCUGGUCGAACAAUCCCGGGAUAUUCAGAAUUGUGAUGGAAUUUCUGCAGCAAUUCCAGCCUUGGAUGGAUCCCAAUGGACUCUUUUUUGAGCUCAUACUGGUAUGUCUGUUUACAGCCUACUGCUCAUCUUGUGUUGUGCUGUUGAUUUUGAGUUUUUUUUAUUUAGUUAGAGUGUUGUUGUGAAGUAAAUUGUUUGAAUUUUUUCUUUUGUUUAGUUAGUGUUGUUGUGAAGUGAUUUUUUCAUUUUUUUUUUAGUUAGAGUGUUGUUGUGAAGUAAAUUUACUUGAAAUUCUUUUGUUUAGUGGAGUGUUGUGAAGUAAAUUAUCACUUAAAUUGAAUUCAAGUUGGGUAGCAGCGCAUAUGUGCAAAU